CACUUCUUUCGCUGCGCCCCUCCUCUCUCGCAACUCGCAACCCUAAAAAAAAAUCGCAACCACCGAGGAAAGAAAGAAAAAAAUUUUUCUCCCCCCCUCCGGGCCGGAGCAACCGCCGCGCGGCCCGCCUCCCCCGAUCCGAUCGCCGCCCCUCUCGCUCGCGUGGUUCGUGCCGCAGCUGGCCAUCUCGCUAGCUUAGCCGACCCAGCAGCAGCAACCCUAGUCCCCCCUCCGCCCUGCUCGGCUGCUCCCCCUCCAGCUGCGUGGACCGGGGUCGUCGGGGUUGCCAGCCGACUCCGCCUUGGCCUCCUCCGCGGCUCGGACCCUCUCUCCAGAUUCCACUAUGUCGGAUGAUGCUUCUAACGGCGCCAGCAGUUCAACAGUAAAAGCUGGUGAUGAUUCGGAGUCUACCAUUGAGAUCAACAUCAAAACCCUGGAUUCGCAAGUUCAUAAACUCUCUGUUCAGAAGAAUGCAUCUGUUCUGGCCCUUAAAGAGAAGAUUGUAGAGGCAGCUGGCAUUCCUGUGGACCAGCAACGGUUGAUUUUUAGAGGAAGAGUCCUAAAGGAUGAUCACCUACUGUCAGAAUAUCAUCUGGAAGACGGGUACACAUUGCAUUUGGUUGCUCGGCGUGCAGCUGCUGAAGGCCAACAUUCUUCUGGAGCUCCUGAUGAAAACGCCCAUGCUAAUGUUAAUGUUGCUGGAAAUGGAGGACUGUUAGGAGAUAUCUCCAGGGAAAUUAUAGAGGCUAUGCAUUCUGAGGGGAUGAUAGAUGACCUGGCUAGGAGUGUCCGGGAUAUUCUUGGUUCCAUAGGUCUUGCGAUGCCUGGUGGCAUGACAAACGCUACAUUUUCGGUACCUUUAGGCACUGCACCGGAAGGGGCCAAUAAUAUCAAUGUAAGAACUCAACCAGGGAACCAUGCACAACCAGGGUUUUCAAUUCUGAAUCAUCAAAUCCAAGUAUCACAACUACAACCAGCAGGCUCAAUUCCUCGCAACAUGGUUAUUCCUGAUUCUCUGACAACUCUUUUGGAGUAUAUCAACCGCAUGGACCAAGUAUUACAGAAUAACGGUACUCCAUCUGUUGAUUCAAAUACCGAGCAACCACCAAGAUCAGAUGAUGCUUAUCUAAGUCAAAGAUUUCCAAGUCCUGAGGUUCUGGUGUCAGUCAUUGAAAGAGCUCAACAACUUCUUGGUGGCAGUGCUUCUUCUUCUCUUUCACAUCUCGCACAGCGAAUUCAGAGAGAUGCUAGCACUGGUGAUACAUCUAUACGAAGCCAGAUCCAGAAUGAAUCUGCUCAGUUGGGAGUAGCAAUGCAGCAUCUGGGUGCAAUGCUUUUGGAGCUUGGUCGAACAAUGAUGAUGCUUCGGAUGGGGCCAUCUCCUGCUGAUGCUUUUGUAAAUGCUGGAUCUUCUGUUUAUAUAAACUCUGCAGGACCAAAUCCAAUCAUGGUUCAGCCAUCUUUUCAAAAUACUCCCCCUUUUGGACUUUCCAGCAUACCAGUUCUUGGUGGAAUUUCUGGCACCUUUGGCAUUGUUGACCCUUCUCGUUCAUCUGGUGUCAACACCCAUGGUAAUUCUACGACAAGUGGGUCAUCAGCUGGUAUGGCCACUGCUUCUGUGGGUACCGUCAAUGAUGGCCGUCAAAAUGUGGAAAGAACUCAAGGAGGUAACCCAUCAGCUAACUCAAUGCAUGGAGUGCCAACAAGGACAGUAAUUGCAGCCAUUCCUGCACGGCCCACGGUUGAGGCUCCAAACCAUGUCCUGAGUGUUAUCCUGCCUGUUCAAGUGAGGAGUCAAGUAGCAGUGCCUAAUCAAUCCAACCUUUCUCAAGGUUCACACACUGCGGUGGGCAGUGGAUCUCAACCAAAUGCAACAGACACUAUUCCACAAGCUUCUGUAGGUGGUGUUGCUAGCGUUCCUUCUAUAGUGGCACAAAUAAAUGCACAAAUAGCCAAUGCAUUGAGUGUGAAUCAACAAAGCCAGGUUUCAUCAUCUGAGCAAAACACAACAGUUCAGGGAUCUCGCCCCAUCACAACGAAUGGAGCUGACAAUGCUCAGUCUGUGGCAUCAGCAAUUACGCAAUUGCAAACUGAGCUAUCAGAUAUUAAUGGUGGACGCACUUCACUAAAUGCACAAUCAUAUGAUAUUCCUCCUUCAAAUACAUCUGACCGCAAUUCAUCAUCGGAAGGCAGCAGGACCAAACAUGCAGAGAUGGAAGGGAUUCAUGCAGAUAAUGUUGGAAAACCUUCUGGGGAAUCAGCAUCGGCCAACUUAGCAGGGCAAAUUGCAGCCACCUGUACAGAUGAUAGUUCUGUUAACAGAUCAUCUGUAAAUUCUCCACAGAAGAACAUGCCAUUGGAUGGAGUAUCUUCACAAUCCAUUAUACCAAGUACAAGUAGUAGGUCUGAACCAGUAGGUCUUGGUGGAGGUCUGCAGCCUAAGAGACGGAGCAGAACAUCAAAGCCACCUGGGAGUAGCAGUGAUGCUGGUGAAGCCCUUAAUUCCUCUCGUGUCAGCAAUAGCCAAGAUGCUGUUUCAAUGGGCCAGCAGGUUCUGCAAGCCCUUGCUUCACAAAACAGUAAUGUGAACAGAAGCAGCAUUGCAGAUUCUCCACCUCCAUCCAUUACCUCACAGUUCUCUGGUGGAAUGCCUCCAAGAAGACAGGGUGGUGAAGGACAAGUUGAUUUUGGCAGUAUGAUAUCCAAUGUGCUCAACAACCCAGUUUUUGGCAAUCUGCUGUCCAAUGUAGCAGAGCAAGCAGGCAUGGGUUCUGCAGGUGAUUUGAGGAACAUGGUGGAAGAGUGUGCACAGAGCCCUGCAAUGAUGGAUACUAUGAGUAAUAUAGUGCAAAAUGUGGAUGGGUCAGGAAGAGGUAUAGGUGGCCUUGACUUGUCUAGAAUGAUGCAGCAAAUGAUGCCCGUUGUAUCACAAGUUCUUGGUGGAGCUGGGGCCCAUUCUGCUGGUACAAAUAGUGGACAAUCCAGAUUGCAGCCCCAGCACAUUGACAUGAGAGUGGAUGAUGCUUCAGAUUAUGGAAGUUCUCAGAUUGAUCUACACCAAGCUUGUCAACACAUUGAGCAACAUAAUUCCCCCAGGGAUAUCUUCAGUGCUGUCCUUGAAACUGCUUCUCAGGCUUAUGGUGAAGAUGAGAGUAUUGAGGACAUGCUCGAGGAGCUUGUCAGUGAUCCAGAACUUACAGAUGACUACCUGAAACUUCUGCUUCAACAAGUUCGCCAGAGGAUACAGUCGGCAUCACAGACCAGGAACCAGUCUUGAAGGACAGGAAGGUGAUCCAAGGUGGUAUAGAGGUGAUUGCAUAGGCAAGGUGGUUAAACCAUGCAGGUAUUCACUGCAGUAUUUAUUUCAAGUUCAAAAUGGACAGAAGCCAGGGUUUGGUUUUGGUGGUCAUGAUUAGGCGCCCCGUGGAUGUACAUGUGCUGUUCUCUCUAAUUUUUGCCUUGAGAUAAUGUUACCCCACCCAUUCUACCGUUUUAGUUGUUCUACGGAUUUUGUUAGUGGUACAUAGCUAUCAUCAAGAGCUGAGAAUUUCUGAAUUAUCUGUGGCGUCUGUGGUCGUUUUAAAGUCGUUUGUGAACGUGCUGUUUUUGUUCUUCAUAUUGGAAGAUCAUCCCAGAUUGGCUCAAAUUUUAGUUUGGAAACGUACGAAAGAGAACAGUUGAUUGAGCUGAACAUCAUUUCCUACACUUUGGUACUCGCUUAACCCAGCAACAUCCACCCCAUGGACUGCUCUACGGCCUCAACAAGACAGUGAAAAAUGUACUUGCGCAUGGUAUGCAAAGUUGUAAAUAGUGGAGCAUGCUAGGGAAUCUGUCCUAUCCUAGGAUAUAAGAGCAUAUUCAACAGCUCAUCUAAAUUUGGUCAUCCAUAUCUUUAUCUGGAUGAUCGAAACUAAUUUUAUCCUUCAUAU